UUCAGUCUACGUCGAAGCUUUGUUCAUUUCAACAGUUCGAACGAGUUAUGACGUUUGACACAUGGGCGAAAAAUUAAUAUUGUUCGUGCAGCUGGCUCCUACUUCCGAAAUUCUUAUUUGUACAAUGAUCAAUCAACCUCACAGUCAACGUCUCAGUUAAAAAACCGUUUCGAAAAUUUCUCAUUUCCGGCUAACUUCACAAAAUAGCUCCAGCAAGUUCACCAACCUAAGUUUAAUAAAAUGUGCCAAGCAAAACUCAUAGAGCAUGGUGGUCGUGUAUUUGUCUGUCAACGAUAUCUUGUAAAUAUUAUCGAUUUACCUCACCGUUCUCAACGUUGGUUGUGUGAUGCAAGUCCAGUAUGAGCUUACUGUUUCUACGAACAACGCGAAUCUUUCUACUGCAAUUAUUUAACACCAUCGGAUAAGAGACGCAACUGUGUCUUGAAAAUGAGAAUCUAUGGUACUGUCACCUUAGACGUGCUUUGAAUUUGAAAGAAUUCAGUACAAUAAGUGUACAAGACUGUGAUUACUAUUGUUGAAUUUUGAGUUUGGUGUAUCUGGAUAUCUGCAAAAUGAUGCACUAUAGUCCGUGGAUUCAUCAGCAAGGAAUGCUUGAUAAUCGCCAGUGUUACAAUCAGUACAUCGAGGAUAUUCAGGUCUACAGACGUCCAAGAGAUCUCUUAGAUGAAGAUAACGAGCAAAACGGUGAUGAAAUACAAGAAACCUUAGAAAUAGAGGUUGGUACAUCUGGCGAAAGGAGUUCCAGCGCUGAUUUAUUUAGGCUUGAAUUCGCAGCUACUCAGUGGUCUAAGUUGGUUUCAAACGCGGAGGGGCUAUUUAAUAAGCUUGUGACUAGCAAUAUUUUACCUCAUACUGAGCAGGACCAGAUUGAACAGUGGCUUUGCAUGAAACAGGAGUAUGAGGAAUGCAUAGCUAGUGAUGAUACUGCUAGUCUGCAAGGUUUUGCAGAUGUUGCAAAGAGAUCCCUGGAAAGAAUUGAGGAAGUUACUGAAACUGAUGAAAAAACGGAUGAGUCUGCUAUCAGAGGAGAAUUUAGAAAUGAGUCUGAUAGUAGCUGUAAUUCUGAAACAGAAGAAUUGUCAGAGGAAGAAAGUGACAUCAGCUCUGAAAAUCCUGACUUUCUAGAUAAACUUGAUGAAUUGAUGACCAGAUUCAGGAAGGACACCGACAGUGUAAUAGACUCAAAAAAAGACGAGUUUCGUAAAAUGGACAUUAUCAUAGAUACCUCCGCAGCUGAGUCUUUAAAUAAUGGGAAUGAUUAUUUACCUAUUAUUAAACCUACACCUGUCAGAAACCCGAAUUCGAGGAGAAACUCCAUGCUGCCAGGUUCAGAGAUGUGCAAUGGUGUAUCAGCCUUCAAUGGGGUAUUCAAACAAUGUCAAGAUGCCAAUUUUAAUCAUCAGUUGUCAGCACUCAUAACUGCAAAUGCUUUAGGAAAUCCAGAUGCUGAUUAUAGACUGGACAAUAAUGUUAACGUUGUAAAGAUCCAGAAGGAACAUUCUCCUGAUUUAUUGUUAGACACGAUCAAGAAUGCCACAGAUCCUGAACCGAUCAGAGUAUUAAAGAAUUUGACACUAACAAACGAGGCAAAACAAACCCAAGUGAAAAAAAUACAGUCAGAUUUAGAGGGGGCCCAUAAAAGAAUAGAAGAACUUCAAACUACGAUACAGAUAAAGGAACAAUUUAUCGCUGAUAUGAUAAAAAAUUCUGAUGCCAGAGCUAGUGCAAAGCAAAAGUUUCAAAGAAAAAGAAGUAAACUUGAGGAGGAAUAUUACAAUACAAGAACGCAACUAGCUCAGGCUGAAAAUGCCUCAUUAUACAAGGAUACUGAUGAUAAGUCUGGACACAAAAAGGAAAUUGAACUUUAUAAGCACAUGGCUAUUCAUUACGAAAAACGACUGAUGGACAUUGAAAUGAUAAAACAGAUAGCGGGGGAUUCAGCCAAGAAGGUUUUGGAGCUGGAAAGUUCGUUGAAUUCAUCUAAAAAGCAGAUGGAGAAGCUGAAACGACAGUUGAAAAAAGAGGAUGAACAUAAAAAGCAGUUGGAAAAUGAGCUAGCUGAAGAUCAAAGAAAAAUACGAGAGCUGGAGGAGAAAUAUAAUUUGACCGCUUCGAAGUUGAAAGAAAUACAGUCUGAGAGCGAGGAUGAAAGGAGAAAUUCCAAAUCUCAGAAUGACUGUUCUGAUAAAAGAAAAAACCUGCUGGAAGUAAGUGCUAGGAUUUCGCAUCUCGAUCAUGUUUUGAAAGAGAAAUCAAUGGAUUUAGAAAGAACUGCUGACACGGAUGAAAAAGAAGCUCUAAGACAUGAGAUUAGAAAUCUCAGAAGAACCAGGGACUGUCUAGUAGACGAAAAAUGCGAUUUGGAUGAAAAAUUCCAGAAAGAAAAAACUUUGACGAUAGUCGAAGAGCGCAAGCUCCUUGAAUGUGGAGAGACAAUUGAAGCAAUCGAUGCCAUGAUCGAGCACAAAAAUGAGAUGAUAUGCGGUAGAAAAUGUUUCGACGAAAAUCAAGUGAAGAGAGAAAAAGGAGAGCAGAUGCUGAUGGAAAGACUAAUGAAAUUAUCAGACGGUGAGAUGAGAACUCUGUUUUAUAAAUAUUUUCUCAAGGUAAUAGAUUUGAAAGAAAGUUCUAAGAACUUGGAGAUACAAGCUGCAGAACUAGAGGCUCAUGCGGAAACUCAAGAAUGGAGGAUCCAGACCCUAACAAAUGCUUUAAAGCAAACCAAGCUGGAAGCAGAGAGAAGAAUCGUCUUAAUGCAGCGAGAACAUGAAGAAAAGCUGCAUUUGAUGUUCAGACAUUUUGCUGAGGAAACCAGCAGCUCUGGUCACGAAAGAUUAGAUAAAGACUCAGAAUUAUCUAGGUGUAAAAGGGAGAAUCGAAGUUUGAGACGGAGGCUCGCUGAUGUAGAAGUCUUGCUCAAAGGGCCUGCCCCUCAAAGAGCUGCUAGUCCGGCGAGAAUACCGCAACAGGGAUUGAAACAGAUAGCUCCCGCCACACAGCCUACAACCAAAGUAACUAGGCAAAGAAAUAAACUCAUUAUACAAAAAACAACUGAUGCAGAUGGGAAGCACAAAUGAAAUAGGAUAGCGUAACAUUAACAAAAAUGACAAGGACACCAUUCAAUCAAAACUGCAGUUAGGAUUAGAAAAUGAAAAAACAAAAUCAUCGUACAUACAUAAAUAAGCAUAAUGAUAACCGGCAUAUACGUAUGUGAUAUACUCAUAAUCGUCGACCUCGUUAUGUUCUUUUUUUUGAUUCUUUAUUCAUUAGUUUAAUAUAGUUAACAUUUCAGAUGGUCAACUAGACUUGAAAAUAGGAAGUCAGCUCAACUCACGCGAUUAUAUUGGACAACAGAAAUUUUUUAGAUAACAAUUACUGUUGUGAAAUUUUUGCUUGUUGUCGCGUCGAUUGUUGAGAAUCUAGUUUUUGCUCAAAGGUCUGAAUAAUUUGCGAUACGUUGAUUACUGUUGCGGGUUGUAAUUCAUAUUUGUAAGCAAUUAGAAUUAAUCCUGUAAACCACCCGUGAAAGAGAUUCGAUAAUUGGGUUUUAAACAGCAUGACAGUAUAGUCACAUAGAACGUGAUAAUCUAAUACAUCGAUAGCCUUGUACUGAUUGUCGGCUCUUCGCUUACGAAUCUCCCAAUUGUUCCGUUUUCCUACUACCCAUGAUAAUUAACGACUCGUCUAUAGCGAACCCUAAACGAUAUUAGCGAUAGAAAUAAAAAUAGGAAUUAAAAUGGUAUUACUACACAAUAAGAGUAAAGAUACUGCGUUAGGAAUAUGGUAGACGUCAUCGAUGUUGUAUAACGAAUUUCAUUAUAUAGAAAUCUUAAUAAUUAAGUAACCGAAAUUGCAAAAGGCAAUCAGUAAUCGUGUCGUAUGAUUAAAAACACGUAAUUCAUGUACGUGUACUAUAUUAUAGUGAUCCACUUUAUUGAUUCAGAGAUAUCCCACCCCCGAUUCCCCACGCCGCGUAUGAUAUUGUUAUGAAAUAUAUUUUCAAAGUGUUAUUCAUGUAGUUAUUGUAAUUGAAGCUCGGUAAUGAGCCUCAGCAUAUCUAAAUCAUUGUAUUUAAAUUAUUUAUUGUAACAAUUUUUGUAAAUAAAUUUAUAAUAAUUUA